CGCGAACCAGCAGCCUUGCACCACCACGUCUCAUCUCUUGCACCACCUUGCCACGCGGUCGGUCGCAUCCAUCGCACUCUUUUGGUCGUGAGCGCAACAUCGUCCUGUGCAGCGAGUGGGCGCAGUCAUGGCCGGCACGAAGCGACGUUCCACUCGUCAAGCAGCCACUCGACGCCGCUCCAUCUACCUCGAUCCCGAUACCGACGACGACUUCGAGGCAGGCAGCGAAGAUGACUACACUCCACACGAACAGCCGGUCGAAGUCGCGGAAGAGCCCGCACCAAAGAGGCGCAAGCUCAGCACCCGGCGCAAACCACUCACUCGAAGCAAGGCCGCGAAGACUCGGCAGAGCUCACUGAAGAAGGAAUUCAGGGUUGGAAAGUCAAGGAAGCCGAACGUCGAGCCGGUAAAGAAAGUGUUCGAUGGUCCAAGCGAUGGGAAGAUCCCAAAGUGGGUGGAGCUUCCGCAUGAUAUCCUCAAGAGCAUCUUUACCUAUGCCGCCGGCGAUACACAAUCAUGGACUCGCCCGUCGCACGACAAUGCAGCGUGGCUCAAGCUAUCUGCCGCACGGGUGUGUCGCGCGUUCGCGGAGCCUGCGCUUGAUGCGUACUACAACUCGCCGGGAAUCUACAAUACACAGCAUCCUCACCAGCUGCUCGAUCUCUUGCGAACCUCCAACGAUCAACGAUUUGUGAAUUACAAUGUCAAGAUCCACAGGCUCAACGUCGAUCUUCGUAAUCUGGCAUACUCAGCACCAGGAAGGCCUGUAUUUGAUCUAUUGCAGCUCAUCCCCGAGCUGCCACAGCUGCAACACAUGGAACUGCUGCACCAGAACUACGAGAAGCCUUACAGACCUCGAAAGCAGCCCAAGUGGACCCUACAACCUCGAGAGCUGGUGAAGGCGAUGGAAAAUCGUGGAAUCCAUUUGCGAACCUGGCGUUGGAGUCGUGACACAAUUGCAAAACACCCCUUGGCCCACGACAUUCCACUGGAUCUGUAUGAAAAGCUGUCCGAUGUCCACGACAGUAGUGUCUUCGCCUAUCUGAGGCGUUUGGUCGUCACCGGAUUCAAUGUUGACGACAGCUUGGAACCUGCAGCUGUGGACGUGGAAGAUGAGAGCCGUAGCCCGCCGGGUCUUGCGACGUCUAUCGCCAAGCUGCCUGCGCUGACUGACCUAACAUUCAUAUCAUGCGACAUUAUCAUGGACAAGUUUCUGCAACGACUUCCGAACAACUUGCGACGUCUUGAGCUCAGCAACUGUUUGGAAAUCACAAGUGACAUGCUGCGAGACUUCUUCAACACGUCUGGAUCCCAGCUGAGGGUCCUCGAGCUGAACAACAAUGCUGCCUUGAACCUCAGUUUCACCCAAAGCUUGAAGGAGAAGUGCCCGCGCUUGGAAGUGUUGAGAAUGGACUUGCAGCUCUACAGUGAGAAGGAAACGACGAAUGAUGCUUUUGAGCUCUACGAUGAGCUGUUGCCCGAGAAUGAGACUGCGACCUGGCCCCCGACUUUGCGGCACUUGGAGAUUCUGGAAGCACAGAAGUGGUCACCUGAGUCAGCGCAGAACUUCUUCCGAACACUUGUCGAACGAGCAGAUGAACUACCAGAUCUACGGACGCUGAUCAUCCAUGCGCACGUAAACAUCCCCUGGCGUGAUCGUGUCCAAUUUCGAGACCAAUGGAUCGAGCGUCUUCGACGGGUGUACCAGCGUGAGCACGCUGAGCCAAACAAGAAUUUCGGCUCGCUGCGGCAGUUCCGGAUGUCUCGACCGAGUGCUUCAAUUGAGAACGGAAUGUACAGCAGCGACCUAGAUGAGCUGAGUCGAGACGUACCAGUUGACGGCAGACAUUCACGUGUCCGAAAGGCUUCUCACGUGCAGAUCUCGCCGCACAAACCCAGCGGCGACACAGAUCAGUAUUCUGAUUCUGAUCUCCAGGCUGAGCCAAAGUCCAGGCCACAACGUCGCAGCAAGCGUGUUGCAGAAACUCAGCUGCUUUCACGUUCGAAAACCACCACCCCGUCGCCAGAAUCAGCAUCGGAUACAGAGUCGGAUGAGGAAGUUGGAGGGGCAGAUUGGCGCAAAGUGCCAGAAAAUUUCAUACAAGGUCUUUGCGAUGUUGUGGACAUUCGCAUUGAUAACCAGCGACCGCGCGAGAUGCAGUAUACGGAAGCCGAUUUCCUUGACGCAGAGGCCAGUGGAGAUGAUGAUUGGAACGAAGACGCAGAUGAGGAAGAAGAUGGCUAUGCUUGGUAGCCAGGGAGGCUGUGAGGAUACUGAGCGACGAAUCGUGUACAACGCUCGUCAGGUACCAGCUAUCAUAGCAGUUAGUGUAAUGGUAGAUUGAGGUGGAGGCGCUACGGUACUGCAUUCACGAGAGAGAUGAUUAAAAAGCAUGCCACGCAGGCUUUGCAUUGUUGCCCAGAUAAGAAAUAAUUUUAAAAAUCCACGUCUGGAAAUCUCGCAGCGAGACAUUCGCGACUACAGGAUGGCAGCGGUACUUGCGAAG